AUGGAGAUAAGAAACAAUACUGUGGUAACAGAAUUCAUCCUUCUUGGUCUGACCCAGUCUCCAGAUAUUCAGCUUCUGGUCUUUGUGUUGAUCUUAAUUUUCUAUCUCAUCAUUCUCCCUGGAAAUUUCCUCAUCAUCUUCACCAUCAGGUCAGACCCGGGUCUCUCAGCCCCCCUCUACUUCUUCCUGGGCAACCUGGCCUUUCUGGAUGCAUCCUACUCCUUCAUUGUGGCUCCCAGGAUGCUGGUGGACUUCCUCUCUGAGAAGAAGGUGAUCUCCUACAGGGGCUGCAUCACUCAGCUCUUCUUUUUGCACUUCCUUGGAGGAGGGGAGGGGUUACUUCUUGUUGUGAUGGCCUUUGAUCGCUACAUCGCCAUAUGUCGCCCUUUGCACUAUUCAACUGUCAUGAACCCUAGAGCCUGCUAUGCAUUAUUGUUGGCUUUGUGGUUUGGGGGCUUUGUUCACUCCAUUAUCCAGGUGGCUCUCAUCCUCCGCUUGCCCUUCUGUGGCUGUAAUCAGCUGGAUAACUUCUUCUGUGAUAUCCCACAGGUCAUCAAGCUGGCCUGCACAGACAUCUUUAUGGUGGAGCUCCUUAUGGUCUUCAACAGUGGCUUGCUCACCCUCUUGUGUUUCUUAGGCCUUCUGGUCUCCUAUGCCAUCAUCCUCUGCCAUGUGCACAGGUCCUCUUCUGAAGGAAAAAGCAAGGCUCUGUCCACAUGCACAACUCACAUAAUUAUUAUCUUCCUCAUGUUUGGACCUGCCAUAUUCAUCUACACUCGUCCCUUCAGGGCCUUACCAGCUGACAAGGUGGUUUCCUUCUUCCACACAGUGAUCUUUCCUUUGAUGAAUCCUGUGAUUUAUACCCUUCGCAACCAGGAGGUGAAAUCUUCCAUGAGGAGGUUAUUGAGUAGAUAUGUAGUCUGCUAA